GGGAGCGGACGUGGAACCGCGUAUAGAAGGUGAAGUGGAAGGGGAUCGACAGAUAAACAUUACGCUUUGGGCAUCAACGUUUCAUUAGUUCAAAGCAGAAGCGAUCGACGACGGAUCGAGCUGACGCCUUUUAGAAGAAAGAAAUUGCGUUCCUACGAUUAAGUUACGGAGACGCGAGACGCACGCUUGCUUUAUCUACACUUGAAGCAAUCGCAGCAUCUUGAGUAAAAGAAACAUGCUUAAGAGCCGUUGACGACGCGGGAGAAUCGCCGAGAAUUUUCGCAUUGACAUUCUCAUUUGAACGUCGAUAGCUAAUAGAAAAAUCGUCAUGGAUCUUGUUUACAUACCAGAGGUGUUUACUUACGGAUAUUCAAGGAAUCCGCAAUAUCACGACUACGAGCAACCAUGGAACAAAGACUAUUUCAAAUAUAACAGCACGAGAAAAUCAGUGAAAAAUCAACGAACCAUGCAGCAACAAUCCAAAGAAAGUUGCCACUUAUGCAAAGAGAUGAAAAGGAGAAAUCUAGCGGUUUACAUAAGAAGUAAAUCACGAAAUGAUUCCUGUCACGAAGGUAUUCAUGAAGAAGAGGAAGAAAACGAUACAAUGAAUAAUGAGAAAAAUGUGACAAAUACCAAUCAAAAUAAAUCUGCUAAACCAUUAUGCAAAACAUAAAGACAGAAAUCAUACCUUUUGAAGUAUUAUAAGAAGAAAUAAUAUUAUUCUAAGCAUAAUAAGUAGAUGUAAUUGUAAAUAUACGUACAUAACGAAGUUACUUUAAUUAGGUUUAAUAAUAUUAAUUUUAAGUGCCUUUAUGAUGACUAAACAGCAACUUGUUUUUGAAGACAUGUUUAUAUAUAACACGGAAAAAAGAAUAAUUUUUUGGGA